AUGGGUGCCUUUCCUUUGCCUCGUCGAAGCAACAAAAUUGCCAACAUGCAGAAAGCCGCGAGAAAGACAAAGAAGAAUGACGAAUCCUCUCUGGAUUCAAAGAUGAAGCCAUUUCCAGAAGGAUGGGUUCCAGGUGACAAGGAUGUAAUCUGUGGAAGAGGUGGAAAGUCAAUGCAAAAACAUCCGGGGAAUCAGUUUUACCGGGACACAAUCGAGCACUUUCUACCAUUGUAUGCCAAUGCUCAGUGCAAGUUGGACAAGUCGCUGAUCGUCAGCUCCGUUGUUGCGGUGGUACGCGAUGCUAGUCCAAAAGGUGGCUUCGUCAGGGAAGAGAACGGACAAUGGUAUGAAGCCAGCGAGCUCCUUGUGAGAGAAAGGAUUGGAGCCAGUCUUCGAGACAUGCUGCAUACAAAGUAUUCCUCAAGUACCAAAUCCAAGAAGAAGAGAAGAAAACAAGUGCAAGACAAAAUCAAUGAAGAAGUAGAAGAGAUUCUGCACCGUCAGGAAUGCAAGGAAAUCGUUGGUCAGCUUGAGAAGAUCUCAAAAGAGUUGGAUGACGAUAACGAACUCCAAGAGGCAUUCAACAAAGCAAACAGAGAACUUUUAAUGCAUUGA